GAAAUUUGAUCACAGCCUGUAAAUCAGACCUGAUCCUCAGAAAGUAUCAUUUGACUUCUGCUGUACAUGAUGGACAUCACACUGUUUGGUGUUGUGCUGAUCUUCUUGUCUGUAGGGCUGAAUAUACAGACAGCAGAGAGCUGCAGCUGUUUACAACGUCACCCUCAAGAUCAAUUCUGCACUUCUGAAAUGGUGAUUUUAGCUGACGUAUCCGGAAAGGGGGGUUCUGUUAACAACUUAUUUCGGUAUAAAAUCAAAAUAAUCCAGGUAUUGAAAGGUUCUAUCAAGGCAAAACGAAUUCAAUACGUCUACACAGAUCCACAAUCAUCAUGUGGCAUCACACUGGAUCAGGGGAGAUACGUGCUUUCAGGGAACCAGCUUAAAGAUGGAAUCGAGGUGGGGUUGUGUAACCUUGUCAAUCGAUGGGAUCAUCUCUCCUUAACCGAACAAGAAAACUUCACUCAAACGUAUAAGAUGGGCUGUGACUGCACGAUCUCUACGUGUUCUGGCAGUCCAUGUUGUCCCCAAUCUAAGAAUAAAUGUAAGUGGGAAAUCAACUCUCCUCAGUCUCGGGAGUACGUCUGUCUGAGGGACAGUGACGACAUCUGUAGCUGGUACAUGUCACGUUCAAAAGUGGAUGAAAAUGCAUUGUGCAAAGCCUAAAAGACAAGCAUUUUCUCAUUCUUAAAGAAGAUAUUUGGAAAAAUGUUGUUCUUUCUAAUACUUAUUCAGCUUCUGAAUAUUUUUUUUAUCAAUAUAACACUGCUGUUUCAUCGGAAAAUUAAACACCUUUGUAUGCAAAAUAUACAUGUUUCUAUUUGAUUGUAAUAUGAAAUGUAAAAUCUUUUGUUAAAUCAGGAUAUUUUUCUUUAUCUUUGACUUCAAUAAAAAUUCAUAUUGA